GUGACGCUAAGCUGCGCGAGGGGACAUAUAAGGGGCGUCCCGGCUGGAGAGACACACUCAACGCGCGCCUACCCCUCCCCAGGAGUGCGAAGACUGGAGCGCGCGCGCGCCCCCCCCGCGGCCACCAUGCGCGAGAUCGUGCACCUGCAGGCGGGCCAGUGCGGCAACCAGAUCGGAGCCAAGUUCUGGGAAGUGAUCAGUGAUGAGCACGGCAUUGACCCCACUGGCACUUACCAUGGGGAUAGCGACCUGCAGCUGGAAAGAAUCAAUGUUUACUACAAUGAGGCCUCAGGAGGGAAAUAUGUUCCCCGAGCAAUACUGGUGGACCUGGAACCAGGUACCAUGGACUCGGUCCGUUCUGGCCCCUUUGGGCAAAUCUUCCGGCCAGACAACUUUGUCUUUGGCCAGUCUGGGGCUGGAAACAACUGGGCCAAAGGUCACUACACCGAGGGUGCUGAGUUAGUGGACUCGGUCCUGGAUGUAGUUCGGAAGGAGGCAGAGAGCUGUGACUGCCUACAGGGCUUCCAGCUGACCCACUCGCUAGGUGGGGGCACAGGUUCAGGCAUGGGCACCCUACUGAUCAGCAAGAUCCGUGAAGAGUACCCAGACCGUAUCAUGAACACAUUCAGCGUGGUACCAUCUCCCAAAGUGUCAGACACCGUGGUGGAGCCCUACAAUGCCACCCUCUCAGUUCACCAGCUAGUAGAGAACACAGAUGAGACCUACUGCAUUGACAACGAGGCCCUCUAUGACAUCUGUUUCCGUACCCUCAAGCUCACCACACCCACCUACGGGGACCUCAACCACCUGGUGUCUGCCACAAUGAGCGGAGUCACCACCUGCCUCCGUUUCCCUGGCCAGCUUAAUGCUGACCUUCGAAAGCUUGCAGUCAACAUGGUCCCCUUCCCCCGUCUCCACUUCUUCAUGCCCGGCUUUGCCCCACUCACCAGCCGAGGGAGCCAGCAGUACAGGGCAUUGACGGUCCCCGAGCUCACUCAGCAGAUGUUUGAUGCCAAGAACAUGAUGGCGGCUUGUGACCCCCGACAUGGGCGCUACCUGACAGUGGCUGCUGUCUUCCGUGGACGCAUGUCCAUGAAGGAGGUAGACGAGCAGAUGCUGAACGUGCAGAACAAAAAUAGCAGCUACUUUGUGGAAUGGAUCCCUAACAAUGUCAAGACAGCAGUGUGCGACAUUCCACCCCGGGGUCUCAAGAUGGCAGCCACCUUCAUUGGCAACAGCACUGCCAUCCAGGAGCUCUUCAAGCGGAUCUCCGAGCAGUUCACGGCCAUGUUCCGCCGGAAGGCCUUCCUGCACUGGUACACGGGUGAGGGGAUGGAUGAGAUGGAGUUCACUGAGGCCGAAAGCAAUAUGAAUGACCUGGUCUCAGAGUACCAGCAAUACCAAGAUGCCACGGCAGAAGAAGGGGAAUUUGAGGAGGAAGCUGAGGAAGAAGAAGUGGCCUAGAGUGCUUCCCAGUGGGUCUGCCUACAACACAGACCCCACAUUACCCUCCCCAUUUGUGACCCUACAUUACCGUCAUUCUUGUCUGACACUACUUCCCCUGAAUUCUGCCUUGACUCUGUGUUCCCUCAAUUUCUCUGCUCUUCACAUCACUUCAUAUUGUCCUCUGACCCCACCAAACCUUUAUACCCUUGAAUUCUCUUACUCUGUCUGCCUGAUUUGUCUUCAACCCCAUCCACAUCCAGUUUCUCUGAUCCCACGCAAUCCGUUGUUACCCCAAAUUCCCUGACACCUCCCCCUGAUUUUUCUUCAACUUCUCUGACCUUGUAUCUCCCUCAGCUUCUAUGAUUCUCCCUAAACUUUGGCUUUCCUGUUCUCUCUCUCUGAAAAUACUACUGAAAGGGGGGAUAUGGAAGAGAAAGGGAUUUAGACCUUCUAGAAACUUUAGAGAUGACAAACCCUUCAUUAAAAGGGGCCUUGAGUCCUAUACAUAGUGACUAGAACCCCAGGUCCUUCAGUGUCUCCCCUCUUCCAAAUAAAUUCCUUCCUUCCCCAAAUAACUCCACCCUAUGCUAUGUUGGGCAUGUUUUCAUUUUUCCAAAGGAGCAUGUACUAACUCCCACCGUAGCCUAGUGUUGUGAUUUGGAUGGAGCUGCUGGGGAGGGGGAGGGGCUCAAGCAAAUGUCCCUAAACAUUUACACAAUAAAAUCAUGAUGACA